AAAAACAUUGUCCAAAUUAUUACCUAUUUAAAACGAUUUUUAAUUCCUGAAUAUUUAUGAAUUGAUUUUAUUUUAUUAAUGAUUUUUGUAUAUUUAAUUAAUUAGUAAUCUUGUUUAUAAUCUGUUGUAGGUGAUUGUUUAUUUUUAUUUGUUUAAUUAUUUAUGUCUACUUCAAUGUCUGUCACCAAGUCUUAUACAAACCGCUUAAAAAGUGAUGUGAAAUGUAUGCUGGAAAAUUUUGAAGGUAUUGUAAAACUGUGCAAGACUGAUGAUGAUCAAACACAAAUUUCUAAAGCUACUAGAAGUGAAUUGAUAGCAUUUGAAAUGGAAGUCAGAGCAGCUAACAUUGUUCGUGCAGGGGAAUCACUUUUAAAACUAGUUUCAGAUAUGAAACAAUAUCUUAUAUUGAAUGAUUUUCCAUCAGUCAAUGAAGCCAUUGCUCAAAAUUCUAAACUUUUUCGCACUAAACAAGUAGAAUGUGAUCGCAAACUCACAAGUCUAGUUGAUGAUAUGUCAACAGAAUUAUAUGAACUCGAAGAAGAAUAUUAUACAUCAAAUUAUAAAUAAAGAGUAGGUUCUGAUGAUUAUUAUUUAUUUAUUAUAAUAGGUAAAAAGUUUUUAAAAUAAUUUCCCCCCGACCAUAUAAUUAUUUAGUAAUAAAUAAGUUACCAACUAUUAUUUAUAAAACGUAAAAAUAUAAAAAUAAUAAAAUAACAAAAACUGCUGCAACUGUAAGUUUUAUAUACAUUGAUUUAAGGUUGAGAUUGGUUGCUUCUUUUUUGUAUUUUUUUGAUAAUAUAGAUAAAUUUUGUGCUUUUGUAUCAAGUUCUGAAAAAGAUAAUACAGAUAUUAUAAUUCAGUAAUUUAAUGUCAUGUAGUAAAGUAUAUAUUAUUAUUAUUAAUGAUUUCUAUAAUUAAAAUUUUUUAUCUCAUAUUGUACUUAUAUUUUAUAGUGUAAUUAAAUUUGUUUUAAUUAAAUUA